GGUUAUAGGGGGAGGAAUCGGGGCGGAGAGAGAGAGAGGGGCAUCAGUUCGAAGCGGAAGAAAUAUGGCGGCUUCGAAGCUGUUCUUCCUCAAGAGCGCCCUGAGAUCCAGGAUUUCGCCUCAGAACCAUCCCCUCAUUCGAAUGGUUCAGCUGAGACGCCUUUCCACCGAGGGCGAAAAGCCGCAGGAUGCUUCGGAGGAUCCAUUCCUUCGGUCUUCCGAGGAAGGUUUGGUCUUUGGUAAACUGACAGGCACCGGGAGAAAUGCACUGAAGACUGAUGUUAUCCAUUUCUUUGAGGGAUGUAAUUUGUCAACUACUGAUAUAAAAGUUGAGUACAACAAGGCAUAUAAUCCACUCGGCAUGUUGUUGCAGUUCUCUUCCCGAUCUUCAUUUGACAUGGCAGUGAGGCAAACUGUUAGAAAAGGCCGCCUGUACAAGUUAGAGAAAGUGGAUCGCUCCCAUUGGGACUUUACAACCUCAUAUGAUGGGAAAGCAGUUCUGCUACAAGGUAUUCCUCGUAAUGCCCUUCAAGAAGACAUAGAGCGCUUUUUGAAUGGUUGCAACUUUGAUCCUUCGAGAUUUCAGACCUUUGUCAGGCAAGGUUUCCCAGAUCCUAUAAGGGUUUCACUUGUCCACUUCCCUACGCGAAUUGAUGCAAUGAACGCCAUCUGUUGGAAAAACAGGAGUUUCUGUCUCAACAAUCCUAUCACGAUGCGAGUUCUCCAAUAGAUGGAUGUGCUCUUUCCAUUAGAACGACAUGGUAUGGAUUGGUUGGUGUGAUGAGCUUAUCUUUGCUGAGGUACAGAAUCUUUGUUGCAUUUAGCUGGUUGGUUCACUCAAUCUGCUACGUAUUUGCAGUGACCUACACACUAGGACAACCAAAGGCUACAAAGCUUUGGAUCUGAUUUCAGUACUCCUAAUUGCAUCAUUACAUAUUUCAGAUUCCAAAAGCUACUGAUUUAUAUGCUACAAGUUCAUGAAUAAUAGUCUUUUCGAAUUGCUUGACAAGAAGGUUAAACC